AUGUCUUCUGAUCUGGACCGAAUGUACAUGCGAGACAUGCGCUCCACCUUCGAAGACGAAAAUGAUUACAACGUCACUAUUCAAGUCGGACAAGAGCCAAACAAAGAGAUUGUCAGAGCGCACUCUGUAAUAUUGCGGGCGCGUUGCUCAUACUUUCGUACCGCUUUAUCAAACAUUUGGGGACGAAAAGUAAAUGAGAUGUAUACAUUCUCCCAUCCAAACAUAACGUCACGAGCGUUCCGAAAGAUUUUGAGAUACUUGUACACUGGAGAGAUGGACCUGAAGCUGGAUGAAGUCAAGUCCAUGUUUCUCGAGUUGCUCUCUGCCGCUGACCAACUGGAAAUGGUAGAACUCAUGGAUCAUAUUCAGGAACAUAUCAUUGAUGAGGAGUACGAUUGGAUCUUGAACAAUUUCGUAGAACUCAUGAAUAUCUCCACGCAAUAUAAAUCCUACGUCAAGCUUAAUGAUAUUGUCAAGCAAAUCUUGACCGAAGAUCCCGCAGCACCUUUAAAGUCCAAGGACAGUCACAAACUCGACGAGACAACAUUAUUGGAAAUUGUAAAGAGAGAUGAUCUUCUUAUCAAAGAAAUCGAGCUCUUCGAGCACAUCAUCGCGUGGGGAAUUAGUCAGAUUCCAUCCCUGGACCCCGAUAUGACAAAAUGGUCCGAGAAAGACUAUGAGAAUAUUCGCGCAAUCACCGGUAAUUUAUUGACGCAUGUCCGGUAUACAAAUAUUUCAGGUGUUGACUAUCACGAAAAAUUACGGAAGUGCAAAAAAUUACUUCCGGCCGAUUUAUGGAAAGGCAUGAAGGAAUUCUAUAUCACUGAGAAGAAGCCCGAGGUGCUGAGAAAGAUGCCAUCGCGCACCUCUUGCGAGAUGAAUAGCUCGAAGCUCAUAAGCUGGAAGAAUUUCGCCAAAAUCACGUACUGGAUCAAUAAGACGAGGAGUGACCGAGAACCGACCGCAUAUGUAUAUAGGCUUUUACUGAGGCAAAGUCGCGACGGGAAGGGACCAAAGGUAUUCAACGGAUUGGCGGCAAAAAAAGGUCCCACGAUCGUGAUCAUCAAGGUUGCAGAUUCUCCAAGGAUUCUUGGUGGAUACAAUCCAGUGGACUGGGAUACCUCGUUUAGCAUCGAAAACACCAAGGAGAGCUUUAUCUUCUCAUUCGAAAAUGGAAGCACCUGCAACAAUUGUAUCUUAAGUCGCGUCAAAAACUUUGAAAAAGCAAUCACGAGCUAUCCGAGACGUCAUUCGUUUGAUCAUGACCUCGAUUUUAGCGAAGGAAGGUGCGUCCCGACCUCAUACGAAAGGAAAAUCUUUGAAAACACCAAAUUUACGAUUGAGGAUUACGAGGUAUUUCAGGUUAUUAGGAAAGAAGAAUUAUCUUCUGUGGAAAGUAUCGUGGUGACAAAAAAACGAUCAAGAGGUAACUCAUUGAACGAAAAUGGUGCUCGAGGCGACACGAAGAGUAACAAGAGAAAUCGAGUUGAAGAUUAUGAUUUCGAUUUUUGA